AUGAUUCUGAACGGAAAUAUCGACACAGAUUGUGAACCGAACACAACACCACAAGGCGAUGGCAUCACACCACUAGACGAUGUCACACCUCUAGACUAUGCCUUCGACGAUACAUAUAGCACACCACCAGACUAUGCCAUCACACCCCCAGACUAUGCCUUCGACGAUACAUAUAGCACACCACCAGACUAUGCCAUCACACCUCCAGACUAUGCCUUCGACGAUACAUAUAGCACACCACCAGACUAUGCCAUCACACCUCCAGACUAUGCCUUCGACGAUACAUAUAGCACACCACCAGACUAUGUCAUCACACCUCCAGACUAUGCCUUCGACGACACAUAUAGCACACCACCAGACUAUGUCAUCACACCUCCAGACUAUGCCUUCGACGAUACAUAUAGCACACCACCAGACUAUGCCAUCACACCUCCAGAUGAUGCCAUCACACUACCAGACUAUGCCAUCACACCUCCAGAUGAUGCCAUCACACCUCCAGUGGAUACCGGCAGUUCACAUAGAGAUAUGCACGAGAACUGCACACAAAAUGAGACAUCGCAAUGGGUCUGUGACUUUGAAAAACAGCGUAAACAAGGUGUGGCCCCGGUGGAAAUCCUCUCUCGUGUAAGAGAGCGUCUGGUUAACGCGACGGAAAACAUACGUGGCGGCGACAUCCACAGAAGUAUUAGGCUGCUCAGUCGUCUGGUGGAAGAUCAAGAACAUCGAUUCAGCAAUAACUCACAGCAAAUGAAGAAAGAAGAGGCGAUUAGGUUUGCAGAGACAAUGAUAUCAAUCGGAAAUGCCCUGUUGAAAAACCACACUGACAGCGCAUGGAGAUCUAUUCCGGAGGACCACCGGUCUGAAGUGGCGUCAGGAAUCCUAGAUAGUUCCGAGCGGGCAGCUAUCCUGUUGGCUAGGGUGGUGCCUUACAAAACCCACUGGAUAGCGAAUGAAAAUAUAGUGAUGGCAAUCAAGAAUGGCACUACGAGACCAGCCACAUUUCCGGAUCUUGGUAAUUCGUCUUUUUGGGCCGAUGUAAAAGACGGAAUCACCCUGCCGAGAACACAACAUCAUGUCAUCUCUGCAAUCUACAGAAAUGUAGGACAGUACUUCAAACCCAAGUCAGUCAACAGGACCGUCAACUCCAGGAUCAUUUCGGCAACCCUAGUAAACACUACACUAGUAAACGGAAACUCUUCCACUGGACCCAGUAUCGAUGGUAAUGUUACCAUCGUUUUGGAGCAUACCGAGCAGACAUCCAACGGUUCAACACUAUGUGUUUUCUGGGACGUCUUCCACGGCAAUUGGUCGGGUGAGGGUUGUACUACGGCUACGACAAACACAACCCACACGAUCUGUGAGUGCAACCAUCUGACAAGCUUCGCUAUUCUGCUGGACACGACAGGACAGCACAGUACGAUAGGAGAACAGCAUUCAUUCGCCCUGAGUGUGAUCACCUACAUCGGCUGUAUCAUCUCCAUCGUGUGUCUCUUCUUCUGCAUUUGCGUCUUUCUUGGGUUUAGACGAGUCCGCUGCACCAGAACCAUCAUCCAUGCAAACCUGUGUAUCUGUCUGCUGGUCGCUGAAGUGGUAUUCCUAGCUGCAGUCGACAAAACAGAAAACGCGGUUGUUUGUGACGUGAUCGCCAUCGUGCUUCACUACCUGUUCCUGGCCGUGUUCACCUGGAUGUGUGUGGAAGGAGUGGAGCUGUACGUCUUACUGGUCAAGGUCUUCAACUUAAAAAUGAACAGGCUGAUCUACUAUCACCUGGUCGGAUAUGGCGCACCAGCACUGGCGGUAGCCAUUUCAGUUACCUACAAUCACUUUGUUGAUGUCAAUGAAAAAGACAAGCCCGAUGAGAAGGACGAUGACGAUGAUGGAUACUUUGAUGGUUACGGCACAGACACAUACUGCUGGUUAUCAGUGAACAACUACUUCAUCUGGAGCUUUGUGGGUCCCAUGCUGAUCGUGGUUUUGGUAAACGUUGGAUUCCUGGCCAUGACUAUGAGGGUGAUCUACACACAGAAAGCCCAUGAUAGAUCCAACCAAUCAGAACAGGGAAUGGAGUUCAAGUUCUGGAUCCGCGUGUCGCUGGCCCUGGUGUGUAUUUUGGGUCUCACCUGGGUGUUCGGUGUGCUGUACAUCAGUAGCGAGACCCUGGUGUUUGCCUACGUCUUCACCGUCAUCAACUCCCUCCAAGGUUUAUUCAUUUUCAUCUUCCACUGCCUGCUGAACGAAAUGGUUCAAGAUGAGAUCGAACGCCGGUUUGGUGUCCGAUGCCCCUGCUGGUCCAAGAAGAAAAGGCAGAAAACGGCGAAGAGACAGAGCCGACGUACUGCAAGGGCUCCACAGCAACAAGAGAUCUGGCUGGGUGACUUCACAGACACAAAGGACAGCCACAGUUCCACGCACGGCUCCCUCCAGACAAACAUGUCCUCAGAAGACACCCUUGAUAAACUGGACGAUGAGGGUUUCGUAGAAAAUUCCAUCUACGAGGACGGGGCCGGGACCGAGGGCUCAGUAGACAAUGUCAUAUACAAAGCAGGGGGACCGGCUUAGAUUCAAUUGAAGGUGACUUGCUGAGCGAAAACGUUGAAUACACGUUUUGCAAACCCAUUCCCUUAAAUUAAGUGCAAUCAUAGAAAUAUAGAAAAUAUAUGAAAUAUAUACACAUAUACAGGACAAAAAGGGAAACAAAAAUCUAUGUCUACUUCAUCUACUAAUUUUUUUUAUAAUAUAUACUAAUAUUAGAUGGAUUGUAUGACUUAAGUAGGAGGGCAAUUUUUGGUUUAUUCUUCCUCACGCACGAUGAGAAACAUGUAUGUCAAACUUGCAGAUAUCUUGUAGUAGAAUUCAUAUACACAGCCUCCUCAAAUCAAUAUUGACCAUGGUAACAUCCUGACAGCCCUAUAGCUUCAGCUUUGGCUGAACAGUCCUAUCCGAUAAUGACUGUCUUAUAAAGAUAUAUGGCACUGUAAGUCUGUAGGCCUGUUGCGCAGUAGGUGUCAAUGAGGAUGAUAUAUAUAUAUUGCAAAGAACCAUGAACUAUCAUUCUCUAAGUUAUCGAUAACUUUAGUAACUGUUAGCAUUUGAUAUUGUAAUAUCACUGCAAUACUACUCUAGGUACAACACGUAAAAGGUACGUGUACAGGUAAAACAUUACAUGUAUGUAGGAGCUAGAGUUGGUUUUUUAAACUUAUAUCAAUCAUUUCAUUUAUGACACUUAUGACAGUAGAUGCUCACGGUCACGCUCAAGUUAGAAAUAUCAUUACCGUACGUUAUAUAUUACAGUACAUGAUGAAACCUUAAUGAUGAUGAUUCCUACGUUUACACUAUUAUAUAGGGUGUGCAUGUAAGGUUGAUAUAGAAAUAAAUAUUUGUA